AUGGAUAAGUGCAUAUUUUGUGGAUGGGCGCGUCGAAGUUCGAGCCCUUCGAUUCGAUUUUUUGGAAUUCCUAAAGAACCAGGCUUGAAGCGUGUUCAGUGGCUCUAUGCAAUCGGAGGUCGAGAAAUAACGAGUAAAGAUCGAGUAUGCAGUCUUCACUUUCGGCAAGGUCGACCUUCUAGUGAUCCAUCUCACGAGGAUUUUGUACCACAUUUGUAUUUAAAUCGUGAUACUCCUCCUGAAAUCAUUCAGUGCUUGGAAUCACUGGCCGAGAAAAAAAUGGAACCGGAGUGGUUUAUUGAAAAUGAGAAUUAUGGAUCUUACUCAUCGACUGGAUUGGGUCGCAUUUGUAGGCCGUUGAUUUUGCAACGUAAGCGAAAAGUGGUAUCUGAACGAUCAGAAACUGAAACAGUAAAGGAGGUGGAAGUGAAUUCUGCGCCUCAACCAUCUCAUUCAGUGGGAGAGACAUCAACUUUAAAGAAAGAAACAAUUGAUGAAGUCAGUAAUACCGUUGUUGGAGAUGCAAAGAAGGCCAAACUGCAGAUUUUGCAACGGCCUUUGGUGGAAGCUGUUGGCGUAAAGCCUGGGCAAACUGUAAUAAUCAAAAGGCGUUUUCCAAUUUUCAAACCAUCACAACAGCAAUCUUGUUAA